GACUACAUCCUGUUCGCUCUGACUGUGUCGGCUCUCUCCUAUGUGGUGUAUAAUGUGCUGUUUCUCGCCGCUCAACUAUGGGUAGCUUUUGCCACACUAAUUCUUGGAGCGUACUAUUUCUUGCUAUUUUAUGGACGCAUGAACAAGAAGAAUGUAAUGUUCAUGGUGGGAGUUGGCAUACAGGGGCUUGUUACAAUAGUACUGUUCGGCUUGUUUUUGUUUUUCGUAGUUGAAAUAUUUGUCUCACAUUCUGCUGUCUACAACGUAUUUACGUAUAUAAGCAAUAUGGGUGAGGAGCGCAAGGUUAAAAUUGCUCGUGCCACCUCUGUGGGGAUGGCUCUCGACACGCUUGUAACGGCGGCGUUGCACUUGUGGGCCCUUAUCCUGUGUUGUCGUGAUAUGAGAGAGAAUGCAGGUAAACCUGAUGCGCCGUUCGAAGCAAUGGCUAUUCACACAGAUCUAUACUAUCCAGAAGGCAGAGGUGGUAAAUCUGAUUCACCCUACGGAGCGAAAGCCCACUUAUACAGAUCCGUACCUUGCAGGGGAAACGCGCCGUUCUUCCCCACACGGCGCACAUAG